UGGCACCAAAUUUUUGUUCGACAGCUUUGCCUCUCGUCGUGUGUAUUGGCCAUCCGAGAAAUUGCCGCAGCUUCAUGGGUGAAAAAAUGCCGCCACCGCCACCGCCACCGGCGCCGUCUAUAUCUCUGCACUCCAGUUUCUUUUCGUCUCUUAAGCAGGUCGAAAAACGCCUUAAAUUAGACAAUCCAUCGCAACGGGACGCUCUUCGUCCACCAUCGCCACGAAGAGCACCGUCAUUGCCAGUAGAAAUCAGUUCUUCUUCAUCGGUCGAAGAGUCCCUGAGCACUCCCAUGUACCUUCAUUUGCCCCAAACCAACACAACCUCCUCCUUACAAGAAAGCAGCGAACCGCCUCCCGAAUUCCUCUCGAAUUCCUCAGAUCUGAAAUCAGAAUCGAAUAGCCCGAAUCUCAUCGAUUGUGGCCAAAACCGGCCUGUAGAUGACAUUCAACGGCUGGUUCAACUUCUAGGGUUAGGGGAUUCGUUUGAAGAACAGGAAUUGGGUGCUCGGAGUGGUUGUAAUGGCUGUGAGGGUUGUGAAAGCGGGUUUUACAGUAAGAUCGUUGGCCUAAAAGGCCCCAAAUGUGGAAAGGAGGUGGAGAGGCUAAAUGGAUGGAUUCACUACUUCUGGACUGGUGGCGGUGAAGCAGAGAGAUUAGAGCCUCUUAGAUUGGCGUAUUUACUGAUGGGGAAGGCUGUUUUUGCUUCUAAUGGCAGCGAUCAUUGUUUGGAAGGAUUGGAAUUCCCUUCAACUGUAGAGGAUUUCUUGCUGAAUGAUCCUCCUGCAUAAUAAUAGGUAGAAAAACUUGUGAGAAAAAACUGGUCCUGAUGCCUUCAAAUUCAUCUCUAAUUCAAACAUUCAAAUGGUACUGGUCCUGUUGGUUCUGAUUCACUGGUUUAGUUUAUGAAACUGAUUAUCUAUCCAUUGAUUUCAAUAAGUCACUUUUGGAGAUGGUU